AUGUGACUUUUGGCGUUGAAAUCCAAUAACAUUACCCCACUUCACACUCCAUGUGCCAUGCUGAAUCUCUCUGCUGUCUCUCUUAUUUUUUCUUUCUUCUAUUCUUCCUAUCACAUGACACUGUCAUAACUCAUAAGUCAUGUUUCACAACUAGUUGUAGUAGUAGAUACUAUGCUACUAUCAACUUUCUAGCAUUUUCAUUUUUCACCAGCACAUACAAAUCUGAUUAACGUUGUUCAGUGUUUAGUUUGUUAUGCUCUGACAGUUUUCUCUGCUUCUUCUUAGCAUGGAUUCCAAGGCUGUUCUGGAUUAUGCUUUGUUUCAACUCACACCAACCAGGACCAGAUGUGAGCUGGUAGUGUUUUGUGGUGGUGUUCGUGAGAAAAUAGCUUCAGGGUUGUUUGAGCCUUUUGUUUCUCACCUCAAGUUUGUGAAAGAUGAGAUCUCUAAAGGUGGAUACUCAAUUAAGCUUCUCCCUCCAAACAAUUCUGCAUUCUGGUUCUCCAAGGCCACCUUUGAAAGAUUUGUGCGAUUCGUUAGCACACCUGCAAUUCUGGAGAGGUUCGUCAGCCUUGAAAAAGAAAUCCUGCAGAUUGAAAGUUCAUUUCAAGCAAAUGCUUUGUCGAUGUCCACUGCAUCUUCCGACGAAGGAACCACGCCACAAGCCAAUGGAAUUACAAGGAGGUUGAGUGAUUCUGCAAAGUUAAAUGGAGUAAUUGAUGAUGUUGACAAUAAAGAAGAGGAAAGCUCAAAGGUCUCCCUGCAACGAUUAUUGGAGUCUCGAAUAGCACUACUCCGGAAAGAGCAAGCUAUGGCUUAUACACGUGGUCUAGUUGCCGGAUUUGAGAUCAACAGUAUUGAUGAUCUCAUGCAUUUUGCAAAUGCAUUUGGAGCAUUGCGUUUAAGGGAAGCCUGCAUUAACUUCAAGGAUUUAUGGAGCAAAAAGCAUGCUGAUGAUCUUUGGAUAAAAGAAGUUGCUGCAAUGCAAUCAUGCUUACCUCCGGCGAUCUUAUUUUCCGAGACAUCCGGAAUUGUGCUAGCAAACGAUACUAUUGAGAAUAAUAGCACUAAGGAUGCUGGUGAACUGGAAACACCAAAUUCUGGUAAAAAAGAAGAUGUGAACUUGGCUUCAACUGAUCCGAAACCACCACACAUGGCGAAUGUUCAUAUGCCGAUGCCAUGGCCUUACAAUGUACCUCCUCCAUAUAUGUACAAUCUUCAGCAAAUGCCGCCAUAUCAAGGAUAUCCUAUGACUAAUAUGCAGCCUGUUCCUCCUCACCUUUUAAGAAAUAUGCAAUGGUCUUCUGACAUGGCAAUGAAUCAGAAACCAUCAGAAACCAAGAAGAAAAAAUCAACAAAUAAAAAGGGGCAUGAAGAAGAUGAAGAUGAGAAGACCGAGUCGAGCGAGUCUGAUUCAAGGAGUGAGUCUAAUUCAGAUGAAGAGCAGGAGUCGAAUCAUUCGGUGAAGGAUGCUCUGAAAAGGAAAAAGAACAGAAGAAAGUCUUCAGGAACUGUUGUGAUUCGUAACAUCAACUACAUUACUCCAAAAAGGAGAAAUGGAAAUGAUGGUGAAAGCUCUGAUGAAUCAUCUUUAGAUGAUGGUGAUGACAGUGUCAGCGAAGAAGCCAUCAAACAGAAAGUUGGUGCUGCUCUUGAGUCCUUGCAAAAGGUUCAUAAAGUUGAAAAACAUGCUAACGGAAAGAAAGCACAUUCUCGGCGCAGUUUAACUAAAUCGAGUGAUUCAACUGAUCAUGAUCUCACUGAAAACUCAGGCAAUGCAUCUGAAGAAGGAAACAAAAAUGACAACUGGGAUGCUUUUCAGAACCUAUUGAAGAUAGAUGAAGAUAUUGGAGAAAAGGUGCAGCCAACAAUUGAUGUCCACAAUGAACAUCUUAUGGUGCGAAACUCCAUAGAACCAAUGCCAUAUUCUAGUUCAUCUCCACACAUGGACUUCAAAGAGGUUCCGAAGAAUCCUAAAGUCCCAAGUGACUCCUUCAUUGUGGCCAACAGAAAUGGAGCAAAUGAAGGUGGAUUCAAGCUGGAUGAAUAUGUAGACAGCCGUGGUUCGGUUACCAAGAGGAGGGACAGCAUAGGAGAAGAGAUACUGAUGUCUAAUAGGCUAAAAGAAACCGGAAAUGAACUCGGCAAUCCAUUAUCUACUUUUGUAGCCGAUUCGUCGUUGGUAACAAAGAGCAUAGCAGCAGAUGAUUGUUUUAUUGUUGAUAAUUUGGAUAAGAACAGGAGUCCUGUUCCCACAGUUGAUGGUGAUUGUGUUUUGUCAUCAGUCAAUGAUAGCUCCCAUGCUGAAAAAAGAAGUCAAGAAAGUUUCAUUGAUGAUUCUUUUAUGAUACAAGGUCAGUUGGUUGAUAAUAGUCCUUCUGAUUCACAAUGGAGGACAGACAUAGUUGUUGAAGAUCUAGUUUCUGCGAAUAUGAUGGAAGCCGACACGGCUGCUUCGAGUCAGAAGCGUGAGGAGGAGCCCAGUGACCUCUAUGUAGUGUUACAACGGGAUUCUGGAUUGGAUUCUGUUGAGGCUUCGAGGACAAUGGACUACGAAAUUGACUUCUCUUUCACGGAAACUUGUAGAAGGUCUUCUAUUGAUGUCAACAAGGAUGUUCCUGUUACUCCUGAGAAUGACAAAACCAAAAGCAAAGUUUCGGGAACCAGGAGUUUGGAGAAGGACAAGCCUAAUUCCAAGAGUAUUCGCGGAUCGUCCGUGAAGAGCAGGCCUGAAAUCACGCCAAGGAACAAAAGGACACCUCUCACGAGUAGACCAAUAGUUCAAAAGAGCAAACGGGAACAGGAAGAUGAAAUUAGGAAGAGAAUGGAAGAAUUGGCGCUCGAGCGACAGCGGAGAAUCGCAGAAAGAACAGCAUCGUCUGGUCUAGCGAGAGCAGCACCGAGGAAAGACCAAGGUGAAGGGAAAGCAGCAAGAGUUAAUAGCAAGACUCAAUCCAUAAACAGGACUAUUUCUACCACCAAGGUCAGGGGAACUUAGCCAAGAUCAGAUUCAUUGAAUUCAAUUUGGACAAGUACAUUAUUCUUUUCAUUGGUUACAAAUUGUAUUUAAAUAACUGUUGAUUAAAGUGAGAAUGCAUAGUUAUGGUUACUAUAAUAAACUGUAAGUUAUUUGGGUGAUUUGAUUUCUUUUGAUUGGUGGUUGUAUGUCUAUAAGGUUUUGUGGGAUAAAUAAAAGUUGAACAGUUCUGUGAAAAAUUAUAUUUAUAUCCCA